AUUGUGGUUCGCUUGCAUGACUUUGACCUUGUUGGCAUACACAGUACAUCUUACCACGAUCAAUCCUCCCCCCUGAUAACACACCUUCUAGUAGUGUCAACCAAGGCGGUUUUCGCGAUAAUUAUAUAUUUUCUUCCUUUCGUCUUUUUCGGAAGCUAAAACAACCAGACAGGGCAGAAUCAGCAGAAAUGGUUAAGGUUUUCCUCACUGGGGCCUCUGGCUAUGUCGGCGGCCAGGUGCUUCAUCAAAUCGCCGCAUCGAACUCCCAACUUGACAUCACGGUCCUUCUUCAGGACAAGCAAAAGUCCACAGUGGUCGCUGGUGCUUUCCCGUCCGUUCGAGUUGUUUUGGGGAGUCUGGACAACGCCGAAUUGGUGCAAAAUGAAGUAUCGCAAGCAGAUGUCGUGCUGAACUUGGCUGCUGCCGGGCAUCUCAAGGGUGUCGAGGCGAUCCACAAAGGCCUUUUGAAGAGAAGCUCAGUCAAACCCGCAUACUGGAUCCAAAUAUCAGGCGCCUCAGCUCUAGCCGCCGCCGAGCUCGCCUCCCCAUCCUUCACCCCAGGCUCUCCCUCCGACGCAAUCUUUGACGACGUAUCUGACAUCACCAAGCUGCGCGACCUAAUCCGCGCGCAUCCAGGCCGGGCGGUCGACAACUACAUGCUCAACGUCGCCGCCGGCGCCGAUAACAGCAAAAUCAAGACGGCCGUUGUCUACCCGCCCAUCAUCUACGGGUUGGGCCAGGGGCCAGUCAACCAGCGGAGCAUCCAGAUCCCGGAGCUGGCUAAGACGACCAUACAGCGGGGGCGGGGCGUGCAGGUUGGCGAGGGGCUUGCACGGUGGGGCAAUGUGCACGUUAGGGAUAUUGGAAGGCUGUUUGGUUUACUGACUCAGAAGGCGAUUGGUGAGGACGGGGGAGACGAGGUAUGGGGUGAGAAUGGGCUCUAUUUGACGGGUGUUGGCGAGCUGACCUUCGGGGAAAUCUCAUCCAAAAUCGCGGCCGAGGCUGCAAACCAGAAACUUAUCAGCUCGGAUACCCCUAUUGAGAAGCUGGUCCGGCCGGAUGCCGACACGGUGCUCCCGCAUGGAUCCGUCUUGUUUGGCACGAAUGCCAGGAGCAAGGCGCGGCGGGGCACGGAGUUGUUGAGUUGGAAGCCGGAGGAAGGGAGCUUGGAGGAGGAUGUUCCGCGGACGGUGGCGAGAGAGGCGGAAAGUCUUGCCGAAGCAAAGAAGACAAAGGGAAGCUAAGAUUCCAACCGUUCAGAGUGAAAUGGCCCCUUGAACUGGUCUCACUAGUACCCUCAAUGCUUGAAACGCUGUCUGUUUCCCUUACCCACCGUGUGACGACUGUUGAAG